UUUCUCUCCAUCGAAAGAUUGUUUGUCCAGUCCAGCAAAGAGUAUGUUGUCUUCGCCCUGUGAAGCUCUUACUGUUGAAUAGCUACAAGACCACCCAAAACUACGAUAUGACCACGAGAAGUAUUGCGGUCUUACCACUUCCACUGGCAGUGAGUGGCGCCAUUUCUGCAUAACAAGGGAGUCCAUCUUGUAUGGCAGACCCUCGAUCCAUGCUAUUUGUGGCCGGAAUUUCUCUUCUCUUCUCAUAAUGAGCGAUUUAGAUUGUCCAGAAGGCUCGGGGCUUGAUGACUCGAAGGACUCGCACCGAAAAAGGCGAAAUCACAAAAUGCCUGAUGGCCGCCCCAAUCACAACCAGCUGUGAUUGCAUUUGGGAAUGGUGAGUGUUACGAGUCCGCUAGCAAACCAUAAGAUGCACACUGCCGCACCCUCGGGCAGUGAACUGGGUUUGUUUACAACAAGAUUCACUCACCAUGGCGCGUAUCGCUUUUCAUCUUCACUGCAGCAGGAAACAUUAUCCUGACCGCCCGAAUCACUUUCCCUGCGCGCUGAAAGAACUCCGUUUGCCUCAUAAACUCUCUCGAUAUCGUUUGGCACAACCAUGGACAUCGUUCGCUUCGUCUGCGUCUCAGCACAUACGUCAGCAAGCCGGUUCUGACGCUCAAUCGUAUCGCGCCAACGGAGUUGACUCUGCGAAUUCGUUUCACGCUCUUCAACAAGGUUCCUUUGUUUGAUCAUGGCUUCACGAAGAGAUGACCCAGCUGGCCCGUCAACUUUGCCCGUCUCCCCGUCUGUCAUCGUUGGCAUUGUGAUAUUGUGCGCUUUCUGCGUCAUGGUCCUCGUCGCAAGCGUCUUUGCAUAUUGCCGAAACAAUCGUUCAACAACGACGGAUGCUGAAGCUGAUGACGGCUAUGAUAUAUUCAAUCCAAACCGCCCCGUGAGUGCAAGCCAAGCUGCGCGCAUGAGAGAAGUAAGAUGGAUCAAUAACAUGUACGCGUGGGAACGAGCAAGGGAAGCCAGAAAGGAGGUCGGUGAAGUGAGAAAUACAGCACUCUUUGUUGGACGCGUAGGCGAAGAGCGUCAUUGGGAUGAAUGGAGCAGCAUCGGCACUGGAGAUGGAGAUUCGGCUUCGAAAGGAAAGACCUUCAAGGACUCGGCUCAGGACUACACUCGUGUCCCACUGUUCUACGGUAGUGACGACCCGUAUGCAGUAUCGAGUCUACACCGAUCCAGCCACCUUAUGUCAUCCUCAGCUCGAGGCUCGUAUCGGUCUUCCCAGUACUCUGGUCUGCCACAGUAUCCUUCCAUGUUGCUUCCGCAACCCAUCCCUCGUGACACGAUUCAGGGUCCUUUCAAACGCAGACAACCCCCAACAGAGAUGACCGAGCCGAUUGAGGCACAAACCAUGCAGAAUGAUGGGAACAAUCCGAAGAUCACCAUUAACAACGGCGUCGAGGAUCUUACACGUUGCAGUAGUAUCACUUAUCAUCCAAACAUCGAAGGCUUCGCGACGAACAGUAACGAUGAAGAAAGGCUGAGCCCGACAUUGACGACUACGACUAAUGACAAUGACGUCGACAUCAGUGACACGUUCUCAGCGCUACCACUACGACCACAUACACCAAACUCGCUGGUUGUCCACAAUGAGAACAAUCAGGUUGUGUUCGAGCAAGAACUUCGUCCUGCAGACCCUUCUCAAGCUCAAGAGGACCAACCCGAGCACAGACCCUCGCAAGAAGGUGUCAAGGCUAUGAUUGAAGAGUGGGAGAAGACCAAUGGACGAUUUGCGAGACACAAUUGACUUCGACCUCGACAUUGCACGUCAUGAGAGUGCUUUCUAUGACCAUUGCGGACUCCGAAGAGCUAUCGACCUGUCCCAGACGGACUUUUUAUUUCUGACCGACCAACUUGACACACUGACAUGGAACUCCGAUGAAGGGAAGGCAAUUGGGGUUCAAGAUUGCUCAUGCUUUGCAUGUGUGCUAUUUUGGACAGAAGAGCUACGGAAAGCUUCAUCGGGCUUCAUGAGAUUGUUAGAUCAUCAUCACAUCACAAACAAGGCAACUAUCAAGACCA